UAAAAAAAAAAAGAACGAUAGCAUUCAUUAAAAUACUGUGAAAUAAAAGCUGACCUACCUGACACCCUGAUAAAACACACUCAAAAAUAUACCUAAAGUAAAAUGCUUUGUUUACUGUGCACUCUUUAUCAUUAUAAUAGAUCUCAGUCACUGUUUAAAAUCCCUCCUACACCAAAAUGUGCUACAUUCUUUAAAUAAAGUCACCACAUCUAACGAGAAAAAAAGUCUCUUGGAAACACUGAGAAAAUAAGUGUGCAGUCCCUUUAAACAGUCUCGGUGUGAAAAGUUCAGACUGGGUCAGUGUGAGAGCAGAGAGCCGGAGCAGCCCUCCACCUCCCCGCUUCUCAGCCCUCCACCUCCUUGCGGUUUCCGCCCGAGCAGCAGCGGCAUGUAGACGCUCCUCAGAGCUUCUGAUAAGUAUUUAUCGAGGAGCAGCAGCUGCUGGAGGAGAAGAAGAAGUGUUAAGGGAGGGGAGACUGAACAUCAUCAGAGCCGUGUUGAAAGCCGUGUAAGAACAGAUGGCCGGCGACAGUGGGGAAAGGAAACGGCUGCCGAAGAGACCGUCGUCCGUCCACGGAGAGGCGGAGAAGGCGAGCGGCGGUGCAGCCGAGCCGGACAGGACUGCGUUCAGAGCGGGGAGCUGUGCGGAGCGCGGCGGCCGGAAAGAGCGAAGGGGGAAAGAAAACAGCGCGGGUAAAGCGAGCGCGUCGGCGCGGCCAAACCCGGAGAAGAUGGAGGACACUGGGUGCUGCGGAUCCGCCGACAGGGCAGACCCCGGCCUUUUCUUCGACGAGGACAGCAACCACAUUUUCCCAGUAGAGCAGUUCUUCGGAAACCUGGAUUCAGUUCAGGACAUUUCAUACAAACCUACUGGCACAGAGGGAAUGAGCAGACGAGAGUACAGGAGGCGUAAUUACUACGCCAAAGAGGACAGCGAUGAUGAGCAGACAUAACACAUGCGCAGGCUGAGUGUAGAACUCUGACGUAUCCGUUGUGUGUACAUUUUCUUAAAGAAUGUUUAAUAAUAGCAAAAUCUUUAUAUAUAGAACAAACAUUUCCAAAGAACACUUUGUGGGGGUUUUAUCCAAUGUGAAAUACAGAAUUUUGAAGUUGUACAUUUUUUAAGCCACUCUCAGCAGCAUUUAACUUAAUGUAACUUCGAGGGACUGCCUGUUUUUCCAUUUGAUCGUAGUUCUACCAGCAUUCUGAGUGCACAACAGAUUACUAUCAGUCUGUCUCAUUUCAGGAAUUAUGGUCAUAAAGAUGUUAUCAUAGUGAAGAAUGGUUUUGAGUAUUAAACCAGGUUUUUCAACUUUGUGUUGCAGCUACAGUGACUUGAAGCCUUGGGAAAGAGCACAUUAAAUAUACAUUAGCAGAGCAGUAAACAAUGUUGCAGUCUUGGCUUUAAUUUAAAAAAAAAAAAAAAAAAAGGACUAAAUGCAAGUUUGAUUUUAAGGAGGGUUUUUGUGCAGCAUGUUUGUAAAGAAAGUCUGAGUAGCACUGAUUGUAAAUUAAGACUUGUGGAAAAAAAUAAUUGAAGUCUAAGAUGAAAGGUACUGCAAGUUGAACAGCAUAGCAGUACUGAAGGCAAGAAAGAUCAGUACACAAGGUAGAUCAGAAGGUGUAUACUGUAUAUACAGAAUCUGUGUAUAAUUGAAUUAUUAAAAAUAUAAGACAUUAAAAAUGAAGCACUUAGAAUUGAA